UGUUGCUGUGACCUCACGAAGACACAACUGACAGGAAGCUAGGGAUCAGUUAACUUUGAAGUUCUUCACAGCAUGUUGCCUCAGCACCUGAAGCAGACCAGAGUCCUGAUGCUCAACGACAAGGAGAAUUUAGAGAGGAAACUGUUCAGACUUGAACAAGGUUUUGAGCUCCAGUUUCGCCUGGGUCCGAGCCUCCAGGGGAGGAGGGUUGUGGUUCACACCAACUAUCCACUUGAAGGACAGCAAUUUAAACAAAACAACUUUCGUGUUUUGACGUGGAGCUACCCAACAGGAAAGGAGGAUGACUCUGAUAAGUUCUGCUCUUUGGACCUCAAGAUUGCUGGGUCCUAUCAGUACUACUUUGGAUAUGGAGAUACAGAGAGGUCAGGAAGAGGAUGCAUUGUUGUUGACCCAGUCCUUCAUGUUGGAGCGGACAAUCACAUCCUCCCGUUAGACUGCAUCACCAUCCAGACAUACCUGUCCAAAUGUCUGGGACACCUAGAUGACUGGCCAGAUAGACUGAGAGUAGCCAAGGAGUCAGGUUACAACAUGAUCCACUUAACGCCUCUGCAGACUCUAGGAGAGUCCAGGUCCUGUUACUCCUUGGCGGACCAGCUAAACUUUAACCCUGAGUUCAGCCCCGACGGUCAGAGCUACAGCUGGGCAGAUGUGGGGGCUCUGGUGGAGAAGUUAAAGAAAGAAUGGAACAUGCUGUGUAUCACAGAUGUGGUGUAUAAUCAUACUGCUUCUAACAGUGUGUGGAUCAAAGAUCAUCCAGAGUGUGGGUACAACCUGGUGAACUCUCCUCAUCUGCGACCAGCCUGGGUCUUAGAUAGAGCUAUCUGGCAUCUAACCACCAGAAUAGCAGAGGGACGCUACAAGGCUAAGGGCCUUCCUGCUGAUAUAACCAAUGAGAACCAUCUGAAUGCCGUCCGCAGUGUGUUGUGGCAGGACGUGUAUCCUCAGAUCAAGCUGUGGGAGUUCUACCAGGUCAAAGUGGACAAUGCUGUGGAGCAGUUCAGAACCCUACUACACAAUGGCACCAAGCCGGACCGGAGUAAGACUGGGGGGAAGAAGGGUCUGAGGAUCAUUCAGGACCCAAAUUACCAUCGUUAUGGCAGCACAGUGGACAUGGACUCUGCUUUGGAGACCUUUGUACCUGACAGCUCCUCCCCACAGCACAUUGAGGAGUGCUGUGGUAGGCUGAAACAGAAAUUGAACGAGCUGAAUGAAGAACAGCACAACAUCAUGCACCAGCAUCAGGAGCAGGCUGCAAACUGUCUUGUGGGAAACAUAUUGUAUGAGCGUCUGGCCGACCACGGCCCCAAACUUGGUCCUGUUUGCAGGAAAAACCCUCUAGUUACCAGGUACUUCACCUUCCCAUAUCACGACAUGACUCUGGAGCAGGAGAUGCAGCUGCUGGACCAGCCAGACAAGACUUGUCACUUCCUGGCUCACAACGGUUGGGUGAUGGGAGACGAUCCACUGCGCAACUUUGCUGAACCAGGCUCCAAUGUGUAUGUGCGUCGGGAGCUGGUAUGCUGGGCAGACAGUGUCAAACUCCGCUACGGGAAGGGGCCUGAGGACUGCCCGUUCCUGUGGGCCCACAUGCAGAAAUACACGGAAAUAACAGCCACAUAUUUCCAUGGAGUCAGACUGGACAACUGCCACUCUACACCAUUACAUGUAGCUGAGUUCAUGCUGGACGUGGCCAGAGCAGUUUGCCCUAACCUGUAUGUGGUGGCUGAACUGUUCACCGGCAGUGAGGAGCUGGAUAAUGUCUUCGUAACCAAGCUAGGGAUCACGUCGCUCAUACGAGAGGCCAUGUCAGCUGGUGACAGCCAUGAAGAGGGCCGGCUGGUCUAUCGUUAUGGGGGAGAGCCGGUCGGAGCUUUUGUUCAGCCCAGUCUCCGCCCUCUGAUACCAUCCAUAGCCCAUGCCAUGUUUCUUGAUGUAACCCAUGACAACGAGUGUCCCAUACAGCUGCGUUCAGCACUGGACUCCCUCCCCAGCUCUGCUAUGGUCUCUAUGGCCUGCUGUGCUACUGGUUCCACCAGAGGAUAUGAUGAAUUAGUGCCACAUCAGAUCUCUGUGGUAAAGGAGGAGCGUUUUUACCCCAAGUGGAGCCACUCAGCGCCCCCCACCUCCACUGGUGAGGUUGGAUUCCAGACGGCCAUCAUAGCUGGGAAACUGGCACUAAACAAGCUACACCAGGAACUGGCUUCCGAGGGAUUCAUGCAGGUGUUUGUAGACCAGGUUGAUGCAGAUAUUGUUGCAGUUACUCGACACUGUCCCAGCACUCACCAGUCUGUGGUAGCAGUGUGCAGGACAGCCUUCCGGGACCCCAAAACCCACCAGUACGACACCAAUGUCCCACCCAUGUUCAUACCAGGGAAGAUUGAGGAAGUGGUACUGGAGGCAAGGACAGUGGAAAGGCUUUCAGGGAGUUAUAAGAAGGAUGACAACUACAUCAACGGCAUGCCAGAAUACACCGUGGAAAUAAAGGAGCAUAUAUCAUUACAGGAGAGUACAAUGGUGAAGCAAGCUGGGGUGACAUCUAAAGGUCCAUCAGAGUUUGUGCAGGAAAUCAGCUUUCAGAAGUUGACACCUGGCAGUGUCAUCGCCUUUAGGGUUAGUUUGGACCCUAAGGCCCAGAAGUUGGCAGGGGUGCUGAGGUAUUAUCUGUCGCAGUUCAGCCCAAAAUACAGGAGAGGCAGUGUAGCAGAUGAAAAUCCACCAGAGGCACUGCAGAAACCCCUGGCACAGCUGAUGUCCAAGCUGACGUUAGCAGACCUAAAUGUCCUGCUGUUUCGCUGUGACUCUGAAGAACAAGAAGAUGGUGGAGGCUGUUACAGUAUCCCAGGAUGGGAGAGCCUCAAAUAUGCUGGACUACAAGGUCUGAUGUCAGUGCUGGCUGAUAUCCGUCCCAACAAUGACCUUGGCCAUCCUGUGUGUGCUAACCUCAGACAAGGGGACUGGCUGAUGGACUUUGUCUCCAACAGACUGAUACACAGAGAGGGACCUCUGGCACAGGUGGGUCAGUGGUUGGGAGCUAUGUUUAACUACUUGAAACACAUCCCACGCUAUCUCAUCCCCUGCUACUUUGAUGCCAUCCUGGUGUCAACCUACAUUACAGCCCUGGACGCAACUCACAAACUCAUGUCCAGUUUCAUCCAGAAUGGCUCCAGCUUUGUUCGUUACCUGGCGCUGGGUUCAGUUCAAAUGUGUGGUGUCGGACGAUCACCUGCCCUCCCUCCACUUUCCACUAAAAUCGAGGACGUUCCCUAUCGCAUCAGUCCAAUCACAGGCCAAAAGGAGCAGUGCUGUGUCUCAUUGGCUGCAGGUCUUCCUCAUUUCUCUUCUGGGAUUUUCCGUUGCUGGGGCAGAGACACUUUCAUCGCUCUCAGAGGACUGAUGCUGCUCACUGGAAGACACACUGAGGCCCGUAACAUCAUCCUGGCCUUUGCGGGAACGUUGCGUCACGGUUUGAUCCCCAACCUGCUGGGUGAAGGCCGCUGUGCAAGAUACAACUGUCGUGAUGCCGUAUGGUGGUGGCUGCAGUGCAUUCAGGACUAUGCUACCCACGUUCCUCAUGGGCAUGAAAUCCUUCGCUGUCCUGUAACACGAAUGUACCCUACUGAUGACUGUGAACCCAUGGCACCUGGAGAGUCGGAGCAGCCUCUGUAUGAUGUGAUCCAGGAGGCUCUGCAGCGCCACCUAGAGGGAAUUUCCUACAGAGAGAGAAAUGCUGGACCCAAAAUAGACAUGCACAUGAAAGAUGAAGGGUUCAACGUGUUUGCUAAGGUGGAUCCAGCCACAGGGUUUGUGACUGGAGGAAACCGCUUUAACUGUGGCACCUGGAUGGACAAAAUGGGAGAGAGUGAGAGAGCGAAGAACAAAGGCAUGCCUGCUACGCCAAGAGAUGGAGCAGCAGUCGAGAUAGUUGGUCUGAGUAAGUCAGCUGUUCGCUGGGUUGUGGAGCUACAUGCCGAAGGACUGUUCCCCUACGACGGAGCGAAAGUAAACAGAGAUGGUAAAGAAGUGUUUGUCUCGUACACCCAGUGGAACCAGCAGCUCCAGCAGUCCUUUGAGCCAGGUUACUGGGUGUCUGGCGACCCACAUGAUCCCAAUGAAAAACAUCCUGAUCUGGUGCACAAAAAAGGCAUCUAUAAGGACAGCUAUGGAGCCUCCAGCCCCUGGUGUGACUACCAGCUGAGACCCAACUUCACUAUUGCCAUGGUGGUGUCUCCAGAGCUGUUUACAGUGGAGAGAGCCUGGGAAGCUCUCGAGGUGGCUGAGAAGAAACUACUGGGACCACUGGGAAUGAAGACACUUGACCCUGAUGACAUGGUGUACUGUGGUGUCUAUGACAACGCUCUGGACAACGACAACUACAACCUGGCAAAAGGCUUCAACUAUCACCAAGGACCAGAGUGGCUGUGGCCGGUAGGCUACUUCCUGCGUGCUAAGCUCUACUUUGCCAAGAAGCUGGGAGAAGAAACCUACGCUAAAACAGCCACCCUGGUGAAAAAUGUUCUGUCACGACAUUAUACCCACCUGGAGAGGUCUCCAUGGAAGGGUCUGCCAGAGCUGACCAAUGAGAACGGCCAGUACUGCCCGUUCAGCUGUGAGACCCAGGCCUGGUCUCUGGCCACCGUGCUGGAGACCCUCUAUGACCUCUAAACGCCCCCCUCAUGUGAUGCAGUCUUACUUCCUGAAGCAGAAUACUUGGGCUGAAUUUCACUGAAGAAGAAGGUCACUUUAAACACGUAGCUUGCUUUGAGUAGAACCAAACAGAACCACACACACACACGUCCCACACUUUGGGAAGAUCCACUGAGCUGUCAAUGCUCAAUAGCAGUUUACUGCCUCUGUUGUUGCUGUUUUGGUUGAUAGUGAUUCAGAGGCGUAAAACUACAUGUAUUUACAAUAAAAAUUGGACUACUGCUCUCAUUGAAAAUAAACAGGAGCUCACAGCUCUGUGUUUGGACCCCCAGUCUGUAAACCACCAGGUCUCCCAGUGGACCCUAUGACAUAAUUUACUGUGAACAGAGUGGGGUCUGUUGCUGCAGUCAUGUCCUCACAGAAACAAGGUGCUAAAUUCCAAAUUCCGAUCAGCAAACAGCUAUAAGCUAUGUAAAGAUCCAGAGGAGUAAUGUCUACCUGAGCAGAGAGAGAAGUGUGUUGUAACCUGAGCUUCUCUGCGCUCACCUUCUGGACCUCCUGUUUCUAAAGCAUGUAAAACAAACUGGACUUCUUUGUAUAAUCUCUAGAUACGUGAAUAGUACUUUUAUCAGGAAAGGAUUUGUCAAAGUCAUGUCUCUGAAAUCUCCCGCCAAAUUACAAAAAUUCUGAGGUGGACGACCAAGCCCUUCUGGCAUGUGCCUCGCUCUGCUUCACUACAUGUUGAGAGCUGCAUGGAGGCAAUCCCUCAAUCAUAGAUAUGCUCUGAAUUUGGAAUUCAGCACCCUUAAACCAAAUUUGAUUUGACUGUUAAUCCCGUUGACUGAUAACCUAUUUUAGUUCAUAUAGAAACCUCAUUUUUACUGCCUUUCCCAAUAGCAUAAAUGCAGCAUACUUCCAGGCUGAGCUAUCAUUUAAAACUAGUAGCAACUCCUGAGCUGAUAUGGUGAAAGUGCUCUUUAAUGUUCACUGCUGGUGAACUAAAGUGUACUGUAUGCAUCAACAAUACUUGCCAUUUUCUUGACCUGAAAAAUCUACAAACCUUUUAGGUAGAGAACAAAGCAUUUGGCUGAGAAUGUACAUCUUUGUACGACAGGACAGUUUGUCUUCUGUUUUCUGUCGCAAGUCAAAUGAGCUGAAAACUUCUUAGUUCAAAAUCUGCAUUUACCAGUCGGACUUCAUACUGUGUGGUAUAAGUAAUUACCAAAUUACAUUUAAUCAAUCGCACAGCAAUCCGUCAGUCCAUGAAGUGGAAAUUGGUAGAUUAUUUUCAAUCUUUUUAGCAUGGGAUGAUUGUCAUAUCAAAACUUUGAAAGAACAAUAACAAAUAAUUAGUAAUAUUUUGAAUGAAUGAAAUUAAACUGACCCUAUCAAUUUGUGGUGAUUAGUCCUUAAUAUCCAGCUUUUUGUUCUCACUCCCAAAUCGUCAAAUACGGCAGCUUGGUCAGUGGCCCUACACUUCUAACUAUGAUGCUCUAUGUGUCCCUAGUGAUGGCGGGAGUACAGGAAGAAAUUAUGCAAUGCAGUGAAAACACAGGACUUUCACUCAGGAGACCACUGUUUGCUUGUCAUGUGAAACCAAAAGUCAAUGUUGACGUAUUUUACAAAUUAGUCUCAUACGUAACGUAGCCUACUUUACUAUAUAACCAAAGUACUUAUUUUGUCCUAAACCCACCCAAGUAGUUUUGUUGCCUAAACCGUACAAAGUUUUUUUUCAUGGAAGUUUAUUUUGAAAAGACUUGACACAUGCAAAACUGACGCUAGAGGGGUUGAAUAGAGCGGCGUAGGUUGUGUAGAACCAUAGUUUGAAGCGUAGGGCCGCUGACUAAGCUGCCAUAUUUGAUGAGUUGGGAGUGAGAACCUGAGGUAGUUCUAAAGUGACAAGCUAUAGUCCCAGUGUACCAAUUCUGUCAGCCGUUAAAAGGCCCUGUUCCAUAAAGCAUACUAAACCCUCCACCUGGUGCCUUUUCCAGCCUUUUACCCAUUUUACCACAUUUUUGCUACAAGCCUUAUGAUGUUGUUAAAUGAUAUAUAAUUCUAGUGUGUAUUAAUGUUGAAACAGCAACAUUGUUUUUGUUUCUAAAGCAGUUUCCUGUAUAACCAUUCUGUAGAUAACUGCUGGUGGCUGUCUUUAAAGCUGUAGAUGUUAUAUGACACAUCAGCAUUUCUCUCAAAAAGAAGGAAUAUAGUGAGCAGAAACAUAAUAUGAGCUAACUAUUCCUGUGCAAGUAGUUUUAAGACAUGCUUAGAAAGGUCACUGUUUGUAUUUUAACACAUUGAUAUGUUUGUCCAGUGUCACUGCUGUUAAUUGUUCUGUCUUUAACCCUUGUGUUUUAAAAAUACAUACAGUAUACUCUCUAGCCUGAAUGGACUCGUACCAUCUGAAAUCUUCACUCUGGGGCAAAAUCACAAAAGGGUUGCGUGGCUUUUGCGUAAAUGUCUAAUUGAGGUGACACACUGCAGGUAUUUGAUAAACCCCAAAAAUAUUUCAUAAAUCUUGAAAUUACAGAAUGUAAUUAAGAUCUUCCUCAGUGAUGACAUCAUUUCAGCUACCUGACUCGGACCGACUCUCACCCCUCACAACCAUCAAAUUGGCCUAAAGUGUAUUCAUGCUUUGCCACUUGGGUUAUUGCAAUCAGACCAACAAAAGGGCAAAUUGCACUCCACUGCAGAACUUUAUGGGCAUGUUUAUGUGAUUCAUGGUGCUGUAAGCGGUGCUAUCUAUUUUUUUGUGAAUUUGUCCCUUACUGUGGUAGCUACCAGUGCUUGGAAGAGAUCACAACCUUUCUAUGUCAAUAUGUAAGAUGUUGACACUUUGCCAAGACUCUGAGGCAUAAACUAACAUAAUCCUACUGAAGCUGAGAUGCUGUUUUUUUGUUGAAAUGUAAAUUCACUGGCCUAAAACCAAGGGAUAGCAUUCUUUGAAAGGGAAUAAAACAAAUGACUAUUGGCUGAUUUAAACGGAGGAAUCAUCAAGUUAGGUAACGAUUUUAACAAGGUGACUCCACCUCUUUACAAUAAUAGUCCAGGCAUGUAGAACAGCACAAUGCCCUGUGAAUUGAACUGUAUGUUAGUUUUAUUAAACCGUAUUCAAGAACCUACUGGAUAAAUAAUGGACAUCCCGAGGAUUUACCCAGCCGUCUGCUGUGACAUGCAUGUGUACUCGCAAUUUCAUCAGUGUGUCUCUGCUCUGUAAUGUUGUUGUUUUCUCUGUGUAGUGUUACAGUUAAUAUAGACAGAGCAAUACUCAAUAAACUGUUA